UUACAGUAUCCAUUUCAGUGGUGCAAGCUAUUAACAGCAGCAGUAUUUCUAUUGAUGAACCUGAAGACACUUUAUCAGCUGCUGAUGGAACACAAGGAAAAAUAGAAAAAUGGCUGAAAGAAGGUGAAGUUGAGUUAGAAAUCACUCGUAUCAAUAUGUAUGGUGCACCUGGAGCUGGCAAAACGUGUUCAUUACACCUCCUACUUAAUGAGCCACCACCAGCUUCUACUGAUAGUACAUCAAUAGCUUGUCAUGUUGUUCGAGCAACAAGAAUAUCCGUUGAAGAUAAAAAUAAGUGGGAGAGGGUUGAAGAAAAAGAUUUAUAUGACCAGCUAGCAUUUCAUUUAAAGGACAAAACAAAACACCAGAAAAUGUCUACAGAAGAUGAUGAAGCACCAAUGUCUGAAGAUGGUAAUUCAUCUGAUAGUUCAGAUGAAUCAUCAAUGGAAGAAUCAAUCACAAUUGAAUUGCCCACAAAUGAAGCAGUCAAGAAUAAGCCAAAUGAAAAAAAACCAAUUCAAACGGAAGUAAUUCAAAAUAUUCAAAAAAUCAAAAAUUUUAAGAGAUUUAGUACAAAUUGGGUUUAUUUUAUUGAUUUCGGUUUUAUUGAUUUCGGUGGUCAACCAGCAUAUCGAGAGUUGCUACCUCUUUUUACAAGAGCAGCUGCACUGAAUAUCAUCACCAUCGAUCUUACCAAAGGUCUUGAUGAGAAGUGUGAGUUUCAAUAUCGUAUUAGUCAACGUACAUCUCCUAUUAAUACAAAGCUCGAGUAUUCUAAUCGUGAUAUAAUUCAAUCAAUAAUUAGCUCCGAGGCUAUAUUGAAUCAUGUUUCUCACAUGCCCAUGCACCCUCAUUAUCUUAUACUUGGUACACGUAAAGAGUCGGUAGAUGAGAAAAAGCUAAAAGAAAUGAAUGAAAGUCUGAGAGAAUAUAGAGCUACUGAUAAAAUCAUUAAGCAAAAUGAGGAUCAUGGCUCAGUUAUAUUUCCAGUUAAUACGUUGCUCCCUGCUGGGUCUAAGGAAAGGGAAGAAGCUAGUGUAGAGCUUUGUACUGCAAUUUCAAAUUGUGGAGUUGAAAUGACAAUAGUUUUGCCGAUUCGAUUGCUUACUUUUCAGAUUUCAUUGCAGAUGGAAGCUAAAAAGAAGAAACGAAGUUUCCUUACAAAAGAAGAAGCGAUUCAGAUUGGUAAGUCUCUCCAGCUUGAUGAAUCAGAUAUUGAUGUAGCUCUGCAAUAUCUACACAAUGUCACUAUCAUUCUUUAUUAUCCUGAUGUCCUACCGAAUAUCAUAUUUGUUGAUCCCAAACCAAUUCUAGAUGUCAUUUCACGUCUAAUAGCUAUCAGAUCUGUUGGUCACGCUGAAUUACGUUUAAUUGCUAAUCCACCUCCUUUACCAGCUGAAAGAAAUAGCCUCAUAAAAUUUGGCCUUUUAAAAAAAAAUUUUUUUAAACAGGUUGGUUUACAAUUUUUUGAUAAAAAUUUUAAAUCGUCUUACAUGGUCAAGCUUCUAAUGCACCUCCACAUCAUUGCUAAAGUAGAAAACAGAAAAGAAGGAAAAUAUUUUUUCCCAUGUGCAUUACCAUCUUACAAUAAGCUCAAUCCCGCCCCAACAGAAAUACAACCACUUCUCAUAGGAUGGAAGAUUAACAACAGGGGAACAACAACUCUAGCCAUCCCUCAAGGAUUAUUCCCUUUAACCAUUGUAUGCCUUUUAAAAAGAAAAGGUAUUGUAGAAUUUGCCCCUGAUCCAGAUCCAGACAAACCGGAAACAGAAUUCUACAGAUGCCAAGAUGCUAUGUCACUUCAUGUUUACAAUGAACACCUGGUACACAUCAUCAAUCAUUAUACACAUAUCGAAAUACGUUUUGGUGGUCGCAAGGAAUCUUGUCCACUAGUUUUUAAAUUAGUCACAGAAGCUAUCAAAAGAAGCAGCAAAGACAUCAAUGUUGCCUAUGAUCAUAUUUUUGCAUUUAAAUGCCCUCAAAAUGAACAUUGUUACUGCAUCGUUCAUGAUGAUAAAUCUUCUGUCAGUUGUACUCAAUGUCCAAAAUCUCCACCAGAUGUACUGCAAAGUGAUAAUGAUGACUAUAAAUGUUGGUUUAGUGAUUCUCAAUCAUUCAGUUCAAGAAAAAUAGAAGAAUGGCUGAAAGAAGGUGAAGUUGAGCUAAAAGUCACUCGUAUCAAUAUGCAUGGUCUACCUGGAGCUGGUAAAACGUGUUCAAAACACCUCCUACUUAAUGAGCCACCACCUGAGAAACUCACUGAUAGUACACCAAUAGCUUGUCGUGCUGUUCAAGCAACAAGAAUAUCCAUUGAUGAUGAAAAUUGGUGGGAGAGGGUUGAAAAAAAAGAUUUAUAUGACCAACUAGCAUUUCAUUUAGAGGAAAGAACAGAACACAAGAAAAUGUCUACAGAAGAUGAUGAAGCACCAAUGUCUGAAGAUGAUGUGUCUGAUAGUUCAGAUGAAUCUUUAAUGGAAGAAUCAAUGACAAUUGAAUUGCCCCCAAAUGAACCAGUCAAGAAUGAACAACCUGCAGUAGAGCCAAUCAAGUAUAAAUCUACCAAAAAUAUGCCAAAUGAAAUGGAAGUAAUUCAAAAUAUUCAAAAAACCAAAGAUGCUAAAAAAUUCAGCCCAAAUUGGGUUUAUUUUAUUGAUUCUGGUGGUCAACCAGCAUAUCGAGAGUUGUUACCUCUUUUUACAAGAGCAGCUGCACUGAAUAUCAUCACCAUUGACCUUACCAAACCUCUUGAUGACAAGUGCCAGUUUCACUUUCGUAUUGACCAACAUACAUUUCCUAUCAAGACAAAACUGGAGUAUUCUAAUCUCGAUAUAAUACACUCAACAAUUAGCUCCGAAGCUAUGUUGAAUCCUGUCAAAUUCCCAUAUGUUUCUGACAUGCCUAAGCACUCUCGUUAUCUUAUUCUUGGUACACGUAAAGAGUUGGUAACUGAAGCAAAGCUAAAAGAAAUGAAUAAAAGUCUGAUAAAAAAUAUUACCAAUAAGAAAAUUAUUCCUUGUAAUAAGCAUGAAGACUCAAUUAUAUUUCCAGUUAAUACAUUGCUUGAAGAUAAACAUAAAAGGAAGAAAGCUAGUAAAGAUCUUUGUUCUACGAUUUUAAAUUUUGGAGUUGCCAUGACAAUUAAGUUACCAAUUCGAUUGCUUCUUUUUGAGAUUGCACUACAGAUAGAAGCUGAGAAGAAAAACCAAAGCUUCCUUACAAAAAAAGAGAUUCUUGAAAUUGGUAAGCCUCUCCAACUUGAUGAUGAAUCAGAUAUUGAUGAUGAAUCAGAUAUCAUUGAAGCUCUGCAAUAUUUACACAAUGUCACUAUCAUUCUUUAUUUUCACGAAGUCCUACCGAAUAUAAUAUUUGUUGAUCCUGAACCAAUUCUUGGUGUCCUUUCACGUCUGAUAGCUGUCACAUACGUUGACCAUUCUGAAUUACCAUUGAUUGCAAAUCCACCUCCUUCAGCAGAUGAAAGAGACAGUCUCAUUGAUUUUGGUCUUUUUAAAGAAGAUCUUUUUAAAAAAAUUGGUAAACAAAUUUUUAAUGAAGAUUUUAAACCAUCUCACAUGAUCACUCUUCUAAAACAUCUCCACAUUAUUGUCGAAGUUAAAAACAGAGAAGAAGGAGACUAUUUUUUUCCGUGUGCAUUACCAUCUUCACCUUAUGAUAAGCAGCAUAAGCUCAAUCCUCCUCCAACAGAAAUACAACCACUUCUCAUAGCAUGGGAGAUUAACAAUAGUGACACAACAACUCUAGCCAUCCCUCAAGGAUUAUUUCCUUUAACCAUCGUACACCUUUUAGAGAAGAAAGAUAGCAUAAAAUUCACUCCAGAUCCAGCAGACAACGAAUAUUACAGAUAUAAUGAUGCCAUGUCUCUCCGUGUUUACAUUGAAAAUGAAGACUGCACCAUUGAUAUCAUCAAUCGCUAUACACAUAUUGAAAUACAUUUAGAUGAGUCCAGCAAGGAAUUUUGUCCACAAAUUCGAGAGUUAGUUGCAGAUGCUAUCAAAAAAAGCAGUGACGAUCUGAAAGUUGAUAAAAACCAUAUCUUUGCAUUCAAAUGCCCCAGUGAAAAUAAACAAUGUUACUGCAUUGUUCAGCAGGAUGAAUCUUCUACUAAAUGUACUCAAUGUCGAUCACACUGUAAAGUACUACAACAUGAUGAUAACAGCUACAGGUGCUGGUUUAGUGAUUGUCAAUCAUCCAGUCCAGCUACUGGUGCUUUACCAGCACAACCUCAUCAAGACAGUACCACUGGUAAUCCUGAUAGUGAUGGAGCCGGACAACUAGGUAUCAACGAUCUCAAUAUGGUACGAAAAGUUUUAAUUAAAGCUCAGUUUGAUCCAACAAAGUGGGUUGACUUGGGGCUAGAGUUAGGUCUAUAUAAGCCAAGACUCAAUGUCAUUAAAGAUGAUGGAGGUGAUGCAAACGAGCACUUGAGGAAGACUAUAGAAGCAUGGCUAGAGGGUGCAGACAAUGUAGCUAGUAGAACAUGGCAGACUUUGAUAGACGCUGUGGAGGAAACGGGAUACCGUGCAGCUGCUGAGAGAAUACCUGAUAAACUGAAAUCUCUUUAUGGUAUUACUCUUUAAUAAUAGUAAUAAUAUUUUGAAUGCAUUCUGCAUUGUUUCUGCUUAGUGUGUUUUAAUAAUA